UCACCCCACUUCCCACCGUAUUACUAACACUCUACUGUGUGUCCCUCCUCACUUGUCAAUAUACAGUCAUGGAUGUGUGUGUAGCUUUAUUAAUUAUCGUGCACGUGGUUUCCGGUUUAAUGUACACGGUGAACGGCCAGACCACGCCCCCUCUGACGUAUGUGACCGGACCAAACGUGUGUGUCAUCAAUAUCACGUUCCAGGAGACAAGGCAAGUUACACGCGCAUACAGAAUCAAGUAUUACACCCGAUGUAAAUGGAACAGACGUUGCGCCAAGUAUAGAAUUCAGCUGAGGGCACAGAACAUCGUCAGCGACGCCUGGAAGUUCGAACCAAGGUGCUGUGACGGAUUCGUUCGAUCCAGGGACACGUGCAUGGAAGUGCUUGCCGACAAGAUCCAGACACUUGACACCGGAACUGACGUCACAGACUAUUCAAUAUGGCCACCGAUCAUCGGUACUCUUAUGGCUAUCUUCGCUAUUUCUACCAUUGCCAUCAUCAUUGUACUGAAACGGAAAUCAUCAUCAGCAACAAGAAAUGGAUCCAGCCCUGUCGAAAUUCGUGCUAUUGCCAACCAUAUAUAUGCGGACGCCAUGCCAUCCGUAAGUCACUCGUACGAAACGCUGGACGCCAGCCAAGCCACGAAAUCUCACUCCUACGAAACGCUGGAUACCAGUCGUGUGGGGUUGACUCAGAAUAUCUACGAUAGCAUUGAUACGUAUAAAAUACUUCAGAGUGGUUCAAAAAAAUAGAUAAUACCUAGUGACGACAUUUUACGCAAGACAUUUUACAAGAGAUAUUCUUUCCCGGAAAUCGGUAUUAGUUUAUGAUUGAUGUAUGUCCAUGUAACGUUCAUUGUCAAAUACAUUGUAAGUGUUUUUUACUCUAGAAAAUAUGUCAUUUUAUUUUCGAAAUAGCAAUUGAAUAUCAGAAUGUUCUGAAUGAUUUAAAGGAUCUUCAAC